AUGUCGCGUAUGAUAUCCAAGAUACAACAUACCUUUAGUGAAAGACUUUCCGCCAGUGAAUCCGCAGCACAAUGGAGGACACCUUCCGACAUUUUCUCCGUCCUCCUUAUUCUCGGAGGCGACAUUGUUAGCCGCGCGCUUGCGCAGUUGGCAGGAUCGCGUUUCACUCCAGUCGCGUUCUCUUUCGGUUGGGUAGCUUUCGCAGUUACCGCCGUUGUCGCCGUUGUGGGAGAGAAAAAGUUAAUGCCGCCCGCUGACUUCCCCUGCAAGGUGAUCAAUGGCGAAACCGGUUAUAUCCGCGAUAAUCGUAGCUGGAUCAUUGGUCGUAUUGUACGAGAUUUUGAGAACUGGAUGGACAAGCAACCGCGAGUGCACGCCAAACAAAGUUUAACGCCAGAUUCGAAUCCAAACACCGUCCAAAAGUGUGUUCGGGAAAUCACCGACGCAAGGUGGAAGGCGCUUAAAGAAAGUGCUAAGGCAGAAGGACAACCAGAACCAGAGCGACCACAUAAAGCAGGUCUCUGCGUGUCUGUCUACAGGGCCCAAAGGGCUAUCAAGAGCUACCCAGGAUACGAUGCCCCAUACAUAACCGGAAUCCUUACCACUGUUGUCCAACUUGGAGUUGCAGCUAUUCCAUUUGGCCUUUAUGGUAAUUGGGGCAUUUUUUUGGUUACAGCUGCUGGUGUUAUUCUGUCCUUUUCCACGGGAGCUCUGUCUCAGUGGUCCAAGGAGAAGUGGGCUUGCCGAAGCAAUGCAAAGAAGACAUUUGUGUUAACGUCAGGGAAUGGGAGCCAGCAUGCUAUUGUCAUUCAAAGUAAUGGUAUGGGGUUAGAUCUCGAGGAUCUUGCCGCCAAUGACCCGGGAAUGAUUACCUCGUGCAAAACCAGAUUGGCGAUCACCAGUCUAGCUGCAUUGUGGAUUGUUCUACUUAUAACUGCGGCGGGAUUCCAACAAGAUACCGGGUACCUUCUUGCAGUUGGAGCGUUAGGGAUCCUCCAGAAUGUGUAUGCCGCUGGUGCAAGUCGCUCACCAAUGGCUUUUGGUGUUCCUCUGGAGUUUGUGGAGGUAAUAGGUGAGUUAAAGGUCAUGGACGCUCUGUUUAGAGUUGAGAACCUUUACCCUUGCCUGGGUAAAAGUUUGUUGCCUAUUUUCUUUCCGGGUGAAUUGAGUGAGCAGGAGCAAGCAAAAUGGGAAGGUUUGGAUGAUAUUGCGAAGCUAAAACGAAAGACGGAGAAAAAGAAGGGGCUGUGA